AACAAGGCCGGGUACUUCGACAAGCUGAAGGGCUUGUUGGAGGAGUACGCAUCCAUCUUCAUUGUCUCCGUCGACAAUGUCUCGUCGCAGCAGAUGCACGAGAUUCGCCAGUCGCUCCGCGGCGACGGCGUUGUCCUGAUGGGCAAGAACACCAUGGUCCGUCGUGCCCUCAAGACGUUCCUCGCGGACUCGCCGGAGUACGAGCGCCUCCUGCCCUUCGUCAAGGGUAACAUCGGCUUCGUGUUCACCAACGGUGACCUGAAGGAAAUCCGCGACAAGAUUCUGGCGAACAAGGUCGCCGCCCCCGCCCGUGCCGGUGCCGUUGCCCCCUCCGACGUGUGGGUGCCUGCUGGCAACACUGGCAUGGAACCUGGCAAGACUUCUUUCUUCCAGGCGCUCGGUGUCCCGACCAAGAUUGCCCGUGGUACCAUUGAAAUUACCACGGACCUCAAGCUUGUCGAGGCCGGCCUCAAGGUCGGCCCCUCCGAGGCGACCCUGCUCAACAUGCUCAACAUCUCUCCCUUCACCUACGGCAUGGGUAUCGCUCAGGUCUACGACCACGGCAACGCCUUCCCCGCGGAGGUUCUCGACAUUGGUGAGGAGCAGCUCCUGAAGUCUUUCUCGUCGGCCAUCACCACCAUUGCCGCUAUCUCGCUCGCCCUCAACUUCCCCACCCUGCCGUCGGUUAUCCACUCGACCGUCAACGCCUACAAGAAGGUGCUGGCCGUCGCCAUCGAGACUGACUUCAGCUGGCCCGAGAUCGAUGAGCUCAAGGACCGUAUCGCCAACCCCGACGCGUACGCCGCUGCCGCUCCUGUCGCCGAGGCCGCUGGCCCCGCCGAGACCAAGGCUGAGGAGAAGGAGGAGUCUGAGAAGGAGGACUCUGACGAGGAGGGCUUUGGU